UACUUCGACCCUACCGCGAAACGACUCAGUCCACGUGAACAUAUUUUGGGCAAUGUGUGGUUCUCGAACUAAUGAGAUAAAGUGAUUGACAAGUGAAUCUGAGUGAUCUUCGCGAGUGAAUAACGAGACGGAUAAAGACAGUCCUUGGCUGUCGGCCGAAUUAAGGCGAUUUUGGAUCCCUGCUUGUGUUGGUGCUGCAGACGCGGCGCUCAACAUGUGAGGUUAAAGCAGACGGACAAACGGACGGCGGCAACACAUCUGAAAAUAAUUCGGUUAACGUGGGCCUACAAUAUUAAGAGAAGGCGUGCUCCAGAGCUGCUAGCAAUUGAGAUUUCGGAAGUUUAUGAGGAAUUUCAAUUCACCCGCAAUGGAUUCCCGAAUGCUGAAUGUUUUCCAGGAAGAUCCUUUCGACGGAAACUACACUAAAUACGAAUCAGAGCCGAAUUUCUGGUCAUCUAAUGAUGAUCUACAACUGACAGACACACUUAAUGGCAUUCUCCCCAUCGCGCCCACUGACGAGUCACUGCUCAGCCACAGCCGGGAGGAGGAUUUGCAAAACAGAAAGAACCUGCUGAUCUACAGUGAAUUCGUGGAGCAGGAGCUGGGAGACCAGGAUGCCAGAGUGCUCAAUGACCAGGUCUACCAAGCCAUUACCGACAGCGAGGUCGAGGUGGCCUACGAGCAGCAGCGCCAAAUCAGUGCAAUUGUGGAAUAUGACAGAGAAGACAUUGGAAUCGGCGGUCUUACAGAGGAGGAGGAAGAGGGGGAUGAUGCUCAGAGCCAGUGCAGUGAUUCAACAUUUCGCACUCGCACGGACAGCUCCUCUAUCGGUGACUAUGAGUCGCAUUCCAGCGACUACGAAGACGAAUAUGAUGUUGUUGACGAGGAGCAGGUACAAAGCUUUCCCGCCGUUAAUGACAAUAUCGCUCCAUUGCAGAGCUCCAGUGACCGCAAGAACCGAACGCUGAGUACCAACACCAUAAUCUCAGAAGUAGAUGCAUUCGGACUAAAUAUCGAUGUAAAUAAUUUUGACUUAGCUGACUUUAUUACCAAAGAUGAUUUUGCCGAAAAUCUAAACGCCUGUCGCUUAAAAGAGACUCUGCCAACACAAAAACAAACUAAAACUUCUGAUGAAGCAUCGAUGUCCUCAGUACUUGCUCCACCCGUGGCAAUUAUUGGCCCAAAACCCAAAGCUCCUUCCUCCAAGGCGCGUGACUCUGACUAUGACUCGGACUCAAUUAUCGACGUUGAAACUGUUGAUGUUAUCGACGUGGAUGAGACUGUAUGGGCAGCCGGCCAGCUAACCAAAGCAACUCCAACUACCGAAGAUUUGCGUUAUGUGGACAAUGUGAAGGCCGAUCCUUCCUGGUGUCCAAAGUCAACGAAGAAGACCAUACCAAUUGUUAAAGAUCCACUGCAAAAACCGGAGCCGGUGGAAGCACAUCAACCCACGGCCCCAACUUUGAACAAACCGAAGCCUGCAAACAUUUGCCUGGUGCCUAAUAAGAAGCAGUGUGACUUUCUUAAACGCAAGGUUGGAGCCUCCUCCGUGUCCAAGUCAACUAAGAUGUCUAACAAAAAAGUUCACGAUGCUGCAAAAUUAAUAAGCAACAAACAGUUACCAGCAAACCACAAUCCAUGCACCGGUCUCGGUUUAGGUGGAAAGAACCUUUCGCUUCUCAAGCAUGAGAGGGACGCCGCAGUAUCAGCGUGUGCGGCAGACGAACCUUCUGCACCAACAUCUUUCGCCAUCACGUCGACUCCACCGCCGACUCCAGCCCCAAAGAGAAAGCUUAAUCUAGAAGAGUACAAACAGAGACGUUCUGGCGGCGUUGGCAUCGUAAAGACCAAACCGACUCCGCCAAAGCAGGCGAAGCUAGAAGUCGCCGGCAAAUUCCCCACUCCUUCUCCUGUUUUGAAGCCCACGCCAUCGCCUCAGAAAGCUGCCAUUGUCAACAUUGUGAAUAGCCUGAAGUGCCCCAGUAAAGAACCAGCUACUGUGCCUAUGGACCCGAUUACAGUGGCCAAGAACAAGGUUUUGCGCAUGCUAGAAAUGAAACGUGCCCAACAGCUAAAGAUCAUCGAUUCUCGGGUUUCAGCCAAGGUGCCGCGCGUAACAAAGUUGCCGACACUUAAGGACAUUGUUAAGGACACCUACUGCAUGGAAACCGAGGACUCGACUCCAGUGAUUGCCACACCCAGCAACAAACUUCACCCGGACUAUGAGGAGAUUAUAAUAGUUUCUGUUAGUUGCAAUACAGAUAUAACGAUACCGCCGAAUCAAUUGAGUAAAGCUUCCCCUCGCUCUCUUCUUAAGUCAUCGGUUUUGCUUUACAACAUUUCGAACGGUCAAGAUGCCAAUAAGAACAUAAGCAAUUCCCUAAUAGCCAGCAUACAAAGCGAGGUCGUCAGACAAACCAGUAGCACCACACUCGCGGCGAUACCGUCCAAUGCACCAGCUAAGUCUUCGACUGACAAAAAUGUUCAGCACGGCGAAGACAUGGUUAUCAUGCAUUUGCCCAAAGAUCGGGUGCGCAAAACUCUUGUAAGCAUUUCCACCCAAACUGAUCUGCAACCCGAAUUUCCACUCUUGGCGAUGCCACCCAAGCGACAGUCUCGAGAGCUAACGCGACGAAGUUACCGCAAGCGACGAAACCAUGGCUCGGGGUCAAAUGAACUUAGUUCUUCAAGUGGCACAUCCUCAGACUGCAGCAGUUCAGUCUCAUGCAGAUCUCGGUCGCGCUCUGAUUCGAUUGAGCAACUGCGAACCUUGGAUGCAGCAGUCAUAUGUGAGGGAAACAGUAUUGGUAAUGGCGGCUAUUCUUCUCGAAGCACUCACCGCCAUCGCAGCUCGGUAAGUUCCUCAUCAUACUCAGAGGCAGGCAAAUAUGAGCGCAGACAACGUCGCACUAGUUACAACAAGCGACGUUCCAAAAACCAAAAGCGGGGCAGUGUGUCCUCGUCAUGCUCCGGCUCCGAGAACAGCGAUCGCGAACGCAGCCGUAGUCCGCACCGCAACUUGCGUCGGUCGCGUUCGCCCUCUAAGUCCGACACGCGCUACCCUAACAAUAACUGCCCAAGUAACAACAACCGACGCGGAUUCAUGGAUCGUAACGUAUCGCAGCCAGCCGUGGAGGAGCGCCGAAUCGUCUACGUCGGUCGCAUUGAGCAAGAGACCACAAAGGAACUAUUGCGUCGUAAAUUUCUGCCUUAUGGAAGUAUAAAACAGAUAACGAUACACUAUAAAGAAAAUGGAAUGAAGUACGGAUUUGUAACAUACGAAAGAGCGCAGGACGCAUUCACGGCCAUCGACACAAGUCCUAGGGACUCACAAAUUAACAUGUAUGAUAUAAGCUUUGGAGGAAGACGUGCUUUCUGUCGUGCAUCCUACGCAGACUUGGAUAAUGCUGGUAUCAAUAAUUACCACUCAUAUGUGUUUCCCAAGGAAGCACCAGCACCGAAAGUACAGGAGGACUCCUUUGAAGCUUUAUUGCUUAAAGUAAAGGCAAAGCUAAGCGCUGGCAAGCCGGCAGCAUCUGCAGAUGCACCUGCUCAGGAAGCACAAUCAGCAUCGGCUUCUGCGCCCCAGGACCACAGUCAGAUGUGACAUUUUGGCAGAAACCUGUUUAAUUUCGUAUUUUUAAUUUUUCUGAGAAUUUGAAGUAUGUUGCAUCCUUCUACUACUACCUUUGCAUAAUUGUAGACCAAUCCCCGAAGUUUCUAGCUGUAUAACUGAAAAGCCUGAUUAUAAUUCAUAAUUUAUCGUAAAAUAGUUGACAGAGUUAUGCAUUGCAAGCAAUAAAACUAUUGCAAUAUACAUUAGGAUAAUUCUAAAGACCGAGAAUGAAAACUAAAAACAAACCAACAAGAAAUUGAAACAAAAAUGGAAUUGUGAUAACCGCGUAAUGCAUACAAAGUCAUUUAUUGCAUGUAAGUUAGCAGAAGAUCCAUAGAAAUAGUUAAAUCCAAUGAUAAAAGCUUUGUAAUAAUCUAUCUAACCACCAAACCCAUGGAACUGAAAACACAACCAGCCACCACUACAAUAAUUACAAAUCCAAUACAUUGAAAAAUCAAAUAUGUAUAAUAACUAUGUAUUUGGAGAGAGCAAGUAACACGCAUGCAGCAUGCGUCGGCCACGAAUUAAACUGUUGAUAACUAAACUUUGAUAUUAGUUUGUUAAGAGUAUAUUUUUUACGUAAUUUUAAUUUACUCAGUAAUUUUUGAAUAGCAACCACAUCAACCACAAAAGCUCCAAUUAAGCUAUUAUGAAAUCGGCAACAUAACGCCUAAAAGUUAUCAGGCUUGUAUCGCUUUUCAAAACUUAUUAAGGUAAUUCAAAAUAUGGUAAGUUCAAGCACUGACUUUGAGAGUAGCGUUUGUUAUUUAUGUAUUUCUUGUUAGGCUUUCUUUUCUGUAUAUUUAGUUAAAACUAUAUAAACUUAAACAAUGUAAUAAUUUUUUGAAUAUGAAUUGCCGAAGAACACUUAGAAACAACUUAUUUGUAAACUAGGACUCAAACAAAUGUAUAUUUAGUAGCAGCAAAAAAUUGUUCUUUGAUAUCUUUUGUACUAUACCCCACUUUAUAAUUUAAUAAAUCCUUGCUAGUUUCAGAGAA